CAGAACUGUGAAUCUUGGAACAAAACUGCUUUUGAUAAUGCAAAUUUAGUCUUGGUUAAUGCAGACAGACUGUCAACUUCAGCAGUCAGGAGAAGGGAGGGGGCUAACUCCUCAUCUCAGAGACCAGUGAAGAAUUUCAAUAGAAUGCUUCGACUUCCGAAAUAAGAUCCUUCUAAGCGAGCGGAGGCUUUCUACCUUUCCAGUCAUCUUUGUGGCCCCCAUGCUCUGCAGAGGAAGUGUGAGGCCCUUUAGCAACUACAACUCUGCAGCCUGCUUGAUAACAUGGGCUUUGCCUACACUCCCACUGGAGCCCGUGUGGUCCACUCAACCUGGAACAGCAGCAGCAGCUGAUGAGAACUGGUGCCCCUCAACCCAUUGACUGUCUACUGUGAGCUCCCAGGAAGAGGCCAUGGUCUGCAUCUGAAGGCUUCCAGGACCUUCCACAUCUCGAGGAGAGAAAGAGAUGGGGAACAGCAUGAAAUCCACACCUGCACCUUUGGAGAGACCACUAUCCAACACUGAGGGACUUGAAAGUGACUUUCUGGCUGUGUUGAAUGACUACCCGUCUCCUGACAUCAGCCCCCCAAUAUUCCGGAGGGGAGAGAAACUUCGUGUGAUUUCUGAUGAAGGGGGCUGGUGGAAAGCCAUUUCUCUCAGCACCGGCCGGGAAAGUUACAUUCCAGGGAUAUGUGUGGCCAGAGUGUAUCAUGGCUGGCUGUUUGAAGGGCUGGGCAGGGACAAGGCUGAAGAACUGCUGCAGCUGCCAGACACAAAGAUUGGUAGCUUCAUGAUUCGAGAGAGUGAAACAAAGAAAGGUUUCUACUCACUGUCAGUAAGGCACAGGCAGGUGAAGCAUUACCGCAUCUUCCGCCUGCCCAACAACUGGUACUACAUCUCACCAAGGCUCACUUUCCAGUGCCUAGAAGACCUGGUGACUCAUUAUUCUGAGGUGGCUGAUGGUCUAUGCUGUGUGCUUACCACACCCUGCCUGGCACAGAACACACCUGCUCCAACAGCUCAGCCAUCACCUUGCACCAGUCCUGGUUCACCUGUCACCUUGCGCCAGAAGACCUUUGACUGGAAGAGGGUAUCCAGUUUGCAGGAAGGUCCAGAGGGAGCAGAGAACCCACUCAGAGUGGACGAAUCCCUUUUCAGCUAUGGUCUUCGGGAAAGCAUCGCAUCCUACCUGUCCCUGACAGGGGAUGACAGCAGCAACUUCGACCGGAAGAAGAAGAGUCUCUCCUUAAUAUACAGUGGGAGCAAACGCAAGAGUUCCCUUUUUUCAGCACCCCAAUACUUUGAAGAUUAAUGCCCUGGCUGGUACACAAAAGACAAAGGCCUUGACUGCCACCUGAGGCUUUAUGGAGGUCAGAGUUCCUCCUUGGUUACCUCAGGUCUUCCAGGAAUCAAGGGAAAUCACAAAGACUGUCUUUAAAUACUGAUCAGAGAAACUCCUCCCUGUUGUCUAAACAGUAUUUCAGAGCUACAUCAUGUUUGAAUCAUGAUGAAAUGGGGCAGUACUUCAAAGAACUGUACAUGUAUGAGUGUGUGUAUGUAGAACAGAAUACUCUUGCAGGAGGAUUAGAAGACUGAUUCCAGUUCCCAGUCCAAAUGUUCCUUCUCUGAGACUCCAUCGAGAGAAUCUAUCUGAGAAAGAACAUGAGAAAGAUGGCCUUCUUAGAUCUCCAGAAUGACCUCUACCUGGAGCAAAACUACCUUUAUCGGUCCAAUGAGACCUUUAGGGUGUGUCUCUUCUCUUUCUAAAGGACCAGUGACACUAAACAAUAUUCAGUGGGGCUUAUAGCUCUGAGCCAAGUGGAAUAUUCAGCAUUCAGGGGUACCAAAGCCAUGUGAACAGGAGUAGAUAGAUGGCCAUGCUAAGUCACAGGAGAGUAUAGGGUAGUGAGGGACCAAACAGGAGAGCAAGAAGGCAGCUCUACUGCAAAAACUUAUCAGACAGUUUUGACUCAUCCAGCUGCCAAGGUUCUGUGUUCUAGAACCCCCACUGCUCAUGCCUAUCAGAAGAUGCCUGGGUGAAAUACUGUGCUGAGGUCAAAUGGUAAUAAAUGAGGCUCGUCUAAUGAAUAGAAUUCCUUAAUGCUGGGAUUCAAUGGGUCAGAGAGAUAAGCAGAACAACAAGAUGUAACUGUGAAUAUGAAACAGGAGGAACCCUCAGAGUUACAAUGGGCUGAGGACAAGUGAGGGUUACCCAGGUGCUCUGUUCCCAUGGAUCGACAAGGAAUACAAGGCUUGUUGGAUCAAGUAGAUUAGAAUGUAUAGUUGUUUGUUUGUUUGUUUGUUGUUGUUUUGUUUUACUUUUUAAGGAAACUGGUUAGCUUUAGAGAAUUAAUUUAUCCUAUAAUAUUUUCCUGUAAGAAGGGCUGGCAUCUGCAUGAAUAAGAAUGCUCCUUUUUGGGAAAGGGGGGCUGGAGAAGCUGGAUGCUGCCAUAUACGAUUGUGAGAGAAAAUCCACAGGGCACUCAGGAAAGAGAAGCCUCCAUCCUGUCUUCCACCUAUAGCGUGCUGGAAUGGAAGACAGGAUAGCCAUGGUUCAUUCCUCCCUGUUUAUCACAACAAUUCUUGGUAAGAGAAAUAUAGGUGGGGUUUGUCAUCCAUUGUGCGCAUUCCAUAUACUUGGGCUCAGCUUGCGGAUGACACAAGCAUAUGCCUUGACAUGACAUCAUAUAUUGACAGAUCCAGUGGUUUUAUACCUAGAGGUCUCCGAGUUCUUUCCGAAGGCUAUUUCAAAGACACUGGUCAGUGUGUGAGAAACAAAUGUUACACAAGGUCAGUGACUUCUUCUAUGAGACCAUGACCUCUGGCUUCUGAUGUGUCUCUGUUUGCUAUCUUCUGUUGUGGUUAAUGUGAUUGAAAUAUUGAGUAGCACUUGGGGGUACUUCUAAGUCGGAAGCAUUACAUUUUGCCUAAUCAUGUAUUUAUUCCUGAUUAAAGUAAAACUAAUACUUA